GAUUCCAAAAAUAUCAACUUGGGAUUCCCCAUGUUUUGUUAUCUUGGUUUUUGGUUGACGUAACGUUCACGUAGGCCUACCUGUUUCACUACUUUCAGAAAAAAAGAAGGGAAAUCUGUUGAAUUUAAUUUGAUGGUCGACAUAUAAAUCCAUUUAAAGGUAGUAGAGCUCAUCCUCUAUGGCUGGUUUGGUAGAAGGCGGAAUAGGUGACAAUCUAAACACAGUUCUCCGGGGCAUCAUACCAGGUCUCAAUACCAUGGACACACCUGUUCAUCCAUCUCAUUCUAGUGACAACCGGUCACCUGCCAAUGAUUCAACUAUCAUCGACAUUUCAACUGAUGAAGGCGGAGGGGGAGAUGAAGGGGAUACUGACCAAGGAGGCAACGGUGCUGGUGGAGGCCAGACAGUACCCGAGAUGAGAGGUUUACGGUCAAUACUAGAUCGUACAAUUUUGUUCAUACUUCUACUUGCUGUAAAAAUAUUGAUAGAUCAUAGAUUAGGUUUAUUUGUUGUUAUUGGACUUGUUGGAACAUUUUUUCAUCACAAUGGUAAUUUGAAACAGCAAGUUAUAUUGAAAGCGAAGAGGAAGAUUUUCUCACUUAUUAUCAUGCUCGUGUUUCUUCUUUUCAAUAUAUUUUUUGUUUAUUAUAUAUUUUCUGAUCAGCAUCUAUAUAGAAGUUUAAUAUUCUGCCAACCUGUAUAUGAAACAAUGGAUUUCUGGAUGUUGUUAUGGAUUGUUGGCAUCACAGAUUUCAUGAUAAAAUAUAUGACUAUAGCUGUAAAAGGUAUUGUUACCAUUCUACCAAGACGAUGCUUAUCAUUUAAACGGAGGGGUAAGAUAUACUUACUAAUCGAGCAGUUCUCACAAAUGUAUCGCACCUUGACCCCGAUGCCUAUAUGGAUCCAGUACCUAUCAAAUGACCCAGAAACCCAUUGGUCCAUUAACUAUGGAUUGGUACUACUCUAUGUUAUAUUUAAGGCUGGAAGUCUUAUUGAUAAACUGAAAGAAGUAAGAGCAGCUACCAAGGGCAUAUGUUUUGAUGUUCAAUAUGGUGUUCAUUUAUCGAAAGGAGAGCCACCAGUAAAUGGUCAAGCAUGUCCAAUCUGUCAGGAUGAUUACACUGACCCGAUACAGCUUCAAUGCAAACACAUUUUCUGUGAUGAGUGCGUAUCAUUAUGGUUUGACCGUGAGCGAACCUGUCCGAUGUGCCGUGCUAAAGUAGCCGAUGAUCCUACGUGGAGAGAUGGAAAUACGUCUUUAUAUGUUCACCUAUUUUAAAAACUGUGUUUUUCUAUCCAUAGCAUUUUCAAUACUUAGCAUCUUAGAAAUGAAUUACUUAUUGACAAUACUUAUCAUGAAUAUCAUGUUGUUCAAUGGUUAUGUGGAAUAAAUCUCACAUUUUGAUUAAAACCAAUUUUUUUUUUAAUUAUAAUUUUUUUAUGCACUGGGAGUAAGGGUUAAAUGUAAUUUUGUUUUUACAAUAGAUGCCUGGAAACAUCCUUCCUAAUAAUAUGAUAAUGCAUGUCAAGUUCAGGGUACAUUAUAUAUCAGUAUAUGAUAUGUAUUAUGAUAAUGUAUUCAUAAUUUCAAUAACUUCUUCAUUUUAUAUCAGUUAUAUUUCAUUGUCUUGUUAUAUUACACUUGUCAUCAUACCCAGUGUGAUUAAUAAGUUAAAAUUAUAGAUCAGCUCCUUAUACUAUACACCAUUUAUUCAUGUGUAUUUUGAAACAGCGCCGCCAACGUCUCUCAACUUUUCACAGAGGGACUUCCAUCAGUCUAGUCUGAGCAAACUCCGUUUUUCCAGACAUCUUUUUUUGGAGUACUUUGACAUCCAAAAACACUGCAGGAUUUAUGUGCCCCUAUUUUCUUAUGUUUUUUGUUUUGACAUUUAGUUUUCAAAGACUAGCCUAGGCUACCUCACUACAACAAGGUCGUUCACUGGUAAAUACAUAGAGCAAAAUGCCUAGGCCUCUGGAAGACCCCCAGUGGUAGUUGCCAGGUUCUUGGAAAUUUUCAUUUAAAAUUUCGCAAAAAUGGUGUAUAUAGGGAAUUUAAGGCUAUUUACCGCUAUUGUUUAUAAUGUUUACAAAUUUUUUAAUGAAAUAUUAUUUUCAUAUUAAGGCGAGCCUUUUUUUAUAUCUUGUUUAGCGAACCCACCAACUGCAAAUAUUGAUGAUUUCAAAUAAUAAAAUAU